UGUAGCAGGGUACUGCAAAAAGGAAAGACUCUCUCUCUCUCACAUACACACACACACACACACAUGCAUUACCUCUACCACCUUCUUGCCCAUCUUAGAGACAGCCUUUUUUCUCCACCAACCACAGUAGCUGGCACAAGCUAAACCCCAUCUCACAAAACCAGGAAUAAGCCCCAGAAAAAAAAUGACGACUCUCACUUAAUGGGCAGAUAAGACCUUCGGACGAGCUCCUCGGACACACAGAUCCGCCCAUUUUCUGCACUAGCGAUCUGGAAUGAGAUUGACGGACUGCAGACUAAGCAGAAAAGAAAACAGACAAAAUCAGACUUAAGUAGAUAUCUGGAGAUGAGGGGAGGCUUCUGCUCUGUGUUGUUCCUGGUGAUUGGGGGGACCUUGCUUAGUGGUUGCCUGGGUAAAAACAAGUCUACGGAUGGCAGUUUUGGCAGAGAUGGGGUGAAAAGAGCCAGGCCCCCCCACCUCAUCUUCAUCAUGGUGGAUGACCAGGGUUACGGAGACAUUGGCUACCAUGGCUCAGACAUCCACACUCCUGUGUUGGAUAAGCUGGCAGCAGAGGGGGUCAAACUGGAAAACUACUACGUGCAGCCUAUCUGCUCCCCCUCUCGCAGUCAACUCAUGACAGGGCGCUACCAAAUUCACACCGGACUCCAGCACUCGAUCAUCCGAUCACGUCAACCUCUCUGCCUGCCUGCGGACGUCCCCACCCUCCCAGAGCGCCUGGUGGAAGCAGGAUACGCCACACACAUGGUGGGGAAAUGGCACCUGGGCUUCUGCAGGCCGAGCUGCCUGCCGACCGGUCGGGGCUUUCAGAGCUUCCUGGGAACACUGACUGGCAGCGGAGACCACUUCACCUACCGGAGCUGUGACGGAGCGGAGGCUUGUGGAUUUGACCUGCAUGAAGGAGACCAGCCUGCCUGGAAGAUGGCUGGCAACUACUCCACCCUGCUCUACGUAGACAGAGUGAAGCAGAUCCUGAGGAGCCACGACCCCCUCAAACCGCUCUUCCUCUAUCUGUCCUUUCAGUCCCCCCAUACACCCCUGCAGGUACCAGAUCACUUUCUGCAUUACUACGACUCUCAGGGCAAUCGUCUCCGGCGUCACUACGCAGCCAUGCUGAGCUGCCUGGACGAAGGCGUUGGAAAAGUAGUUCAGGAACUGAAGACGAGUGGGCUUUACCAAAACUCAGUACUGAUCUACUCCUCGGAUAACGGAGGGCAGCCACUCUCUGGGGGGAGCAACUGGCCACUAAAAGGUGGGAAAGGAACCUACUGGGAGGGGGGCAUCAGGGCUGUGGGCUUUGUCCACAGUCCCCUCUUGAAGAAGAAGGGUGUAGUCAGCAGAGCACUGAUCCAUGUUUCAGACUGGUUUCCUACAUUACUAGGGCUAGCCGGUGCCCCACAGUCCAACCACAGCCUAGACGGUCACGAUGUGUGGGAGACCAUCAGCAAGGGCUGGCCUUCCCCUCGCACUGAGAUCCUUUUCAACAUUGACCCAGUCUCCAGGAAGCCCGGGGAUCCAUAUGACAAGGCGUUGGUACUCAAUGGAUUUGGGAUCUGGGACACAGCCGUAAGGGCAGCCAUAAGAGCUGGAGACUGGAAGCUUUUGACAGGAAAUGUGGGUGACGGGGACUGGAUCCCCCCACACGCUCUUCCCGGUGGUCCAGAGCGAUGGCAGAAACUGGAGAAGCGCCGCAAUGAGGUGGGGAAGUCAGUUUGGCUGUUUAAUGUCACCUCUGACCCCUACGAGAGGUCCGACCUGGCAGAGGUUCAUCCAGAGGUGGUGAAACAUCUGCUGACUCGGCUGGCAGAGUACAACCUGACAGCUGUGAUGCCCAGGAACCCACCGGACGACCCCAUGGCUGACCCUGAGUUCCAUGGAGGGGUGUGGAGCCCCUGGCUGGGCCUGGAGGGACAGGAGGGGGAGAAUGGAGAGGGGGAUGGCAGAAUAAAAAAGAUGAUGAAGAUUAAACACUGCAAAGUAUGCAAACUAAAAGCCCUGUUCAGAAAGGUGACCUCACGCCUGGAGAGGAAAACACUGUUCUCCUAAACAUCUCAUCCAGAAUCAAUUAUUAAAUGUUUUAGUAUGCUUCAAAUGAAUUAGAUUUGAACACAUCUAAAGGUAAAAAUGUGAAAACCUGUUUUGAAUGGCCACAAUCAGGGGGCAACAAAUUAUGCGUUGGUACACAAUCUAUCAUACAAAUGGAUAAAAAAGGUUAGUCUCUCCUCAAAGGCAAUCAUGGUGGUGUUCUUUGGUUUUGUACGAUUUUGGAAAGUUACAAGAACCAGUGGACACUUAAAACAACAUACAUUUGUGGGAGCAGGGUUUUCUGAUGGUUUCCAAUAAUCUAAUUCCUUAUUUGAAGCAUAUGGAAGGCUUUACCAGGAGGAUCUGAAAUGGAAAAGGUGGAUGGAGACACAAACAAAAAACCAGACAAGCCUGCAGGUCAGACCGACGAGAUAGAGCCACGAUCAAAUACUGAAAGUCGGCAGAUACUGUAAACAGGCAGCCCGAUAGAAAAGCAAACAGGGCUGAGCGGGCGGACUCACUCAGUGUCCUGCAGCCAAACUGCAGCAGGGUGACUUUCAGCCAUUGUAAGACAGCGUUGGGAGCAAUGUGUGUGUCAUUGUGCAUAUAUGCCAGUACCCAUGAAUAGUUUGAAUAAUACAAAUAGAGUUUGUGCCUUUGGAAAUGAGGCCUGAAGAAAUGGAGGAUGACUUCUCAAUGUCUCAUCAUUCUGACACAAAGACGCCUGCGGGGGGCUGUUUUGGUCAAACGUCAUCUUGAUUUUUUUGUUUAGGGGCUAUAGCCUACUAUUCACUUCUGAGAUUGAAAGAUCUCUGACCGCAACACAAUGUCCAACAGAGGUCAGUGGCUGAUACUAUCAUGUAACUCAUUUACUGUGUUAUCAGAUGCAGGAACCUGA